UCCACCCGAAUGUUUCCGAAAAUCACCGAUGGUUCCGAGGUGUACGUACGCCUGCCACGUCCACAUAGCAAUAUAUUAGCAACUGCAACUUUUCUCACGGGCUGUUACUUCCUUCUCUCUCGGUUUAGGAGCCGAUCCUUACUAACCGUCGAUCCUUUGUAUUCUGUAGAAUAUAAAAGAUGAGCACUUUACACUAUCUAGUCUUUCUGCUGUGCGUAUUUUUGGCUGAUGUGGAGGGGAUAGGCUUCACGUUGCCUCCUAACGCGAAGAAGUGUCUGAGGGAAGAGAUCCACAAGGACAUUCUUGUAACAGGAGACUACGAACUCUCAGACGCACCAGGACAGAGCACACAUCUAUUGGUGACAGACUCCAGUGGCCAUGUACUGUACUCCAAGGAAGAUGCCACCAAGGGGAAGUUUGCCUUCACCACUGAUGACUAUGACAUGUUUGAAAUUUGCUUUGAAACUAAGAUGACAGGAGGAGCCAGGGGUCCAGACAGGGAGGUCAGCCUCACUGUCAAACAUGGAGUCGAAGCUAAGAACUAUCAAGAUAUUGCAAAAGCGGAGAAGCUGAAGCCUAUGGAAGUGGAGCUACGUAGACUGGAGGACCUGUCUGAGUCUAUUGUCAAUGACUUUGCUUACAUGCGGGCAAGGGAAGAAGAAAUGAGGGACACAAAUGAGUCCACCAACUCCCGAGUGCUAUACUUCAGUAUUUUCUCCAUGUGCUGUCUGAUUGGUCUGGCUACGUGGCAAGUUCUGUACCUGCGUCGUUUCUUCAAGGCCAAGAAGCUUAUUGAGUAGAGAAGUGCAGUUGAUAGUGUGUAUAUAGAAGCCGUAUGCUUGCUUUGUGCAUAGCAAUCAAUCUGGGAUUAGAACUACUAGUAACUAAAGUUUGUUUCUUUGAUGAGAUGUUAAGAUGAAUUAUUUCCUUGCUUUUGUCAUACCAUAUUUACAGAGGUCACUUGUCAGCUUGCAGAAGUUUGUAGAAUAGUAUGUAUAUUGCAGUAUGAAAAGAUUUGUUGGCAUGCAAGAAAAUCAGAUCUGGAAGUUCCCAUACAUACACAUCAACCUGCAUGUAUGAACAUAUACAUGUACAAUUAUGGUAAUGAUACUACAAACAUAUACAUGUGUAUUUGAUUUGGAGAGAUCAUGUUGUUUAUAAUUUUUCCUUUUUCUCACCAAAAUUGUUGCCCAACCCAAACAUGUUUUUAUGCAAGGGCAUUAAGUAGUAAUGUUUUCCCAGAAGAAAGGAAGAGGUAUGUACACACUUUGAAGAACAGCCUUCAGUACCAUGUAUUGUUGUAGACAGAAUGGUGAAGCUGAAAUUUCAACAGUAAAAUUGGUGUGAUUGAAGAGUACAUUGGGAAGAAUGUGUUUUGUGUACUGUUGAAGCUGCAGUAAGAUGUACAAUCUGGAUUUUAUAGCCAAUAAUCUUGACAGGAUCUUGAGUUGA